ACAGAGGCGCGUAAACAGGUUCGACUCGCAGAUGACCUUGUGGCGGGAGUUGUAAGCAAUGUCGAAUGUCGGGAUGAUCUCCAUGAAAAUGUCUGCUUCAUGGGAAGCUGAAAAGUCUUCAUCGAAUGCCAUUCCGAGACUCUGUAGCCUUAGUUUGGUGCAAAUAAUACUGGAUAGGCCUAUUGAACCUGAAUGCCCAAACACAGGAUUUUAUGUAGUCGUUCGAAUGCGUGGUACAGCCCGUCGGGUUUUACGUUCACCUGAGAUCACUCUUAUUUGUCCACGUGCUUCGCAGCCACAAAAUGGGGUUACAAACUUUCAUUCUAACAAUGUCCAACAUAAUCCGACUGAGAUUGGAUGCGGCGACUCAACCGGUCAGGGAGGAUGUUCUCUUUCCCUCAACACACCUGGAUCCUUAGUUGGCGGUGGCGUUUCGGUUCUUAUUGACUUCACGUGCAAUAUUCAGUAUUCACAUUUUCUGACUCGUGAUUCUAAUACGCUUCAAAUUUUACUCCAACGUCGUAAAAAGUACAAAAGCAAAGCUGUUAAUUUAGGAUACAAGACACUUGCUUACUGUAAUGUCAGCCUUGCCCAAGUUUUACAACGUCGUAUCGAGAAUCGAUUUUUAGAUUUAUAUACCGAUCCAAAAUGUUCCACUCAUCCAAUUGGUAGAAUCGAAGUUUUAUACUUAUCAAGUUUACCUAUUGAAAAAGAUUUGUUAAACGGAAAGCGUAAAGUUGUAGAUGAAGAUGAAGAUUAUCCUAUACCAGAUGUUUAUAGUGAACAAGAGGAUUCAGAUCAUGUUGAAGAAAGUGAUGACGAUCAGAUAGCUGAAUGUGAAAUAGUUGGACAUAGUCGUCAAAAAAAGCUUGUUAAAGCUAUGUCUGUUGGUCAAAAGCAAAUUAAGCAAAAAUUAAUUGGUUUACUGAAAAAAUUAAAAAUUAGUGAUCCUAAUGAGGUUGAUUUAGAUGUGGCUACAACAUCGAAAUUAUGGGAUGAAAUUGAUCGUAUAGCGACAGCUAGUGAUAUCGAAGAAGAUUCAGAUGCGGAAAGUUAUAAUUUAGUCUCGAUUCAAAGUACACCACGACCAACACUUCGACCUUUUUUCGCUACAGCCGGUAGCUCUGAUGAUACAUUAAGUGCUGAUGCUGGAGCGAAAUUGUUGAAACGCCUACAAAGAGAGUUACUUGCCCAAAGUGAAACUGAUACAUCACCGGAUACUGUACAUCUACGAUCCAUGCUAGCUUCAGUUGGUAAAUCUGUAAGCUUUCAAAACCCAUUCGGAAAAUCUUCUGGGAAGUCCGAUUUAUUACCCUUGGAAAGAUUUUCCGCACUACCAGGUUCACCUACAACAACAUUUACUGAUUCUGGACCUUUGCAGUCCACUGAUUCUUCACUCUUUCAUCGAGGUGGUGGUCAUAUGAUGAGUUUAGCUGGUGGUCGUUUCGCCAAACGAUUUGCGCAUAUUCGACGACGAUCUAAUUCAAAGCAUAUUUUUGGAAUGCAUAGACCCAAUAAAUCUAACUACAACCAGGAAUCUGAAACGGUUAAUCAAGUUGUAGAAAAUAUUACUAUGGAAAGUGAAUCGUCAGAUGAUCACUCUCCAACUGAUGGUGGAUUAGAUCCUUCUUGUUUAUCAUUAUCUCGUGGACAAGAUACAGUUUUUGAUUAUUCCGCUUUACAUAAUUCUUCGGGAGAUUUCUCUCAAUCAAUAAACCCUACACUUUGUUCUACUCCAGAAGCUAACCGUUCGUAUAUAUUAGGCGAUAGAGGAAUUUCCAACGGAAAUAUUGCUUAUGAUGAAAAGAAAAUUCAUGAGAAAACACCAACCAAUUGUAAUACAGAUUUCUCAACUAGUGAAAACAAAUCUUUUGAAGCAUCAGCAAAUUCUUUUGGUACUUCUGCGGAAAUUAAUCCGUCAAAUUUAGAAAAACUAGCAAGUGUCACGUUUAUUGUUGGUAGUUUCGAAAAAUCUGGAAAGAUUGUAUCUAGUCUACUAUCUGAAUUAAAUCUACGUUUAUUUAACGUAAAUUCACUCAUUGAAAUGCGUACAAUUUUCACACGUUUGGCUAAUGAAGCACAAAGCUAUACACGACGUAUAUCCGAUGGUGAUUAUAUUAAAAUUUGUAUACUCGGUGGAAAUUUAUUAAUUAAUCUUGUCUUACGUGCUUAUGUUGAUCAAUUAAGUUGUAGAUCUACAGAAUUGAUAACUGCUUUUCGAUUUUUCAUUAUACCAAUUGAUGGAUUAACUAAAUAUAUUCAUCAUUCAUCAUCAUUACAACACCAACGAAGUCGGAACAAUCUAAUGAAGACUAAUCAGAUAUCAGAAGUUGGUAGUCAACAACGACAGCAGCAUACAAUGGAUACACCAAUUAACACUGGAUGUAAUCAAUCUAAUCUGAAUGAUCAUUCUGAUCGUACUUCGCUACCAUCAAUUCAUGGAUCAAAUUACUUUAACAAUCUGUUUACGUUUCAUCUUUGUCAAAUUGAUCCAAUUUAUGGAAGCUUAUUUUCAGAAUUAUGCAAUGAGUCUGCUUCUGUCGAUGUUAAUUCUACGAUGAAUGAUUUAGAUUUGUUAGUGUUACGAUCCGAAUUGGUUAAUCGUAUUGUGAAAUAUCUAACAAAUGGUAGAAAUGUCCAUCCAUUUCCUAUUGGAUCAUGUCUUCUUGGCUCAUCAAAAAAUACUUCAACUAAUGUAAAUAAAAUGCAAAAAUCUCUAACUACAGAUUGUACUAAUGCGAUGUCAAAUUUAUCUUCAACUAAUAUGAAUAUUGCUAAUCAGUCAGGUCAAGGAAUAGCAGACCAAAAUGCUAGUUAUUCAGAUGGGAUUUCUUGUUCAGGUAAUAAUAAUAUUCAGAAUGAAGAAAUGGUUAUUCCAUUCAUUUUAAAUGUUCGUCUAGGCAAUUGUUCAACAUUAAAUUAUCCUGGCUUAUGGACAACUGUUCCGACACAAACUAAAUCUCAACACCAACAGCAGACUAGUCGAUCGUUUACUGCCGAUCCAUCUUCUAAUUCAUUUAAUACAUCUACAGUAGUAGCUAAUACAAGUACCGCUGACUUUGAUUUUAAAACACCUAGUGAUCCAGAACAAUCUUAUACUAAACGUAAUAUUAGUCCUGAAUCAGUUUCACAUAAUGCAACCAUAGCACCAAGAAUACGUCGAAAUUUUUCACUAUCAUUUCGUUCACAUAAAACACUACUUAAACGAAAAUCUUCAUGGGGAAAUGGAUCUUUUAGAACUAAUAAAAACAGGAGUAGUGCUAGUAGUAUUGCUACUACCGCUACUACACUUUUAUCUGAUAUUCUACCCGGAUCACAUUCUUCUACUCAAAGAAGUGGUCAGUCACCAAUAUUCGGUUCCGAUCGACGCCUUUGGGAUAUUCAAAUAGAGUACUGGUCGAUACCUAGUCAGACUACAACAAUAAGUAGCAAUAGUCAAAUUACUUCAAUGUCAUCGUCGUUUUCAUCUGCGAAUUCUGUUUCAAAUAAUAUAAAUACUAACAGUGCUCUUUCUUGUCCUACAAGUCCACCUAGUACAACAUCGGAUCCUGUAUCACCACCGCGACGUUCUACUGUAAAAACUAUAUCGCCUGGUUUGGUCGUUACGAUAGAUUCAUCAUCCAAUACAACCGGUUCUAUGUUAUCUUCGCCACAUCGUAAUGGUGACAUAUUUAAUUAUGGUAUGGAAUCCCAUUCUAACAGUUUAGUUUAUUCACCAAUUCGUCAUGUACAAAUCAAUUUAAAUCAAACACAUACUCAACAUCUCGCUCUUGGAUUAUGGACAAAGGAAAAGAAACAAAAAAUUAUGCUAAUUGGUCGUAAAGGUAAAGAACUUAACUGCCGUUAUGAGUUGAUUACUGGUAUUCAACGUCUUUUAUGUACUGGACGUUGUUGUAAUUUGCAUAAUACCAGUUCAACUAAUAAUACCGAACGUUCAAAAGAUACAGAAUCCAGUCAUCAUCAUCAUUCUUCAUCAGCCGGUUUAAUAUCAGAUUCAAAUGUUCUAUGCUCUUCAGAUUAUAAAACUUCAAGUACAAUAUCUGCAUUAGGCUUAGCUUUGACUGGUGGUAAUGCUAGUAAUUGUGGUUUUACAGGGUUUACUGCGAACAAUAAUCAUAUGAUGAGAGGUUAGUUACUUUUGUUGUUGUAGUACUAAUGACAUGAUAAACCAUACAAGACGAAGUUUGAAUAUAUUAACAUGAAAGUUCCGAUUUCCUCCGUUCUUGAUAUAAUCUUAUAAUACAGAUCAAUUUAUCCAUGAAUGUUCAUACACAUAGUUCGUUUUACUAUUUUAAAGAGAGCAAAAUCAAAGAUUGGUGCAGAACAAUAUAAAUUCAUUCUAUUUCGUUAGACUCUCACCAGCUGCUUACAACCUAUAAUAUUUAAAAUCAAUGUUAUUACAGAUAUUGGGAUACUUAUAAAUACAAAGAUGAUUAGAGAUGAAUGUGUUUAUCAUCUUGUAGCGAAGAUUCCAACGGAGUUAUUAAGGUCAGAAAUUUUUGUUUUCAGUCAAUAACUAAAGUGUGAAAGUUGCAGAACAUUGAACUAGUGUCCAGAAAUCAUAGUUUACAAACAUAAGAUGAUUGUGUAAUGAAGUAACUGAAAACUGAUUAAGAGUAAUAAAAAAGGACACUAGUUGAAGUCAGCCAAAUAUGAAUGUAAGAGAAGUGACAGUGAUGUGAUCAAAACUUGAGAAAAAAUCGAAGUGAUGAAUGAUGUAAUAAAAAGGAUGCCAUGUUGCCAGGGCAAAGAAAGGUUUAUUACUGUUUACUUUUUGGACGCAUAUAUCUGGUUCUAAACGUUUAAUUGUUGUGACUUCGGAAAAUUUUAGAAGAUUGGAGUUCGAUUGUUUAUUAAUCAUCUUGAAAGACUUCAAUGUAUCGACUUGAUAUUCUGUAUCUAGGGGGUAUUUCGAGAUGGCACUACUGUUUGCUUUUAAUCCACUUGACCUUAAACUUUGGAUGGUAUGUAGGCUCUCUUUUCUGUUCUACUAAUCUGUUUUACCAGGUACAUGUGAAUUUAUAUACGCAUGGUUUAUUUACCUCCUAAUUAAGUAGUGUAUGGUUUCAGUUCACUUAUAAGAAUUGUAUAAUUAAAAGUUAAGAGUUUAUUGUUUAAUCAAUUAUUAGAAUUCCUGAAAGUAUUUCGGCUUUGAUUCAUCCACCUAGUUCAACUAUUGAACCAUAAUGUGUGAUCUUGCAGUGUGAAUAGCUACUCAGUUUAUCUAUUUAUAUCAUAUAUUGUAUAUCAUAGUUUCAAUUCGCUUUAAUAAUAUAGAUAAGUAGCUUUUAAUUUUACUUUAUAUAACUUGGAUUCUUAAUUUUCAACUCUUGAAUCUGACGUAACUGGUAUAAGUACUAGAUUUGUCAUUGAACUAUCGAUUAUUUGUUUACUACAGACAAACUGUUUUGAAGCAUAAAGUAGUACAUUAGUAACUUUGUGUCAAUAUUUUCUCAUGGUUUUGGUGCAUACAAAUGCCUAAACCUCACUACCAAUGUUUCAUCUUCGUUAAUGUUGUGUUUUCUUAUCCUACAAGUUUGGAUAGAUGGUGUUGAAUGGACCGAUUUAAAAUUUUUCCAAAUCACUCCAGUUUGGCGUACACAUGUAAAAUGUUUCCCAGUUGUUCUAUUGAAUGCUAAUCAGGCGGAUACAGCAACUCUAGUCAAAUAAAAAUAAUCAUAAGCAUUAUUAUUAGUGCUAUUCGAACAAGUUCAGUGAGAUUUCUCUGACGAAAAAAUAGAGAACUGAAUGUAUAGUCUGUGUAUUUGUAUCAUUUUCGCAUCUUCGGUUAUUCUAAACGCCAAAUAAUAAACCUAAUCAAAACAGUGAUUAAUAGUAAUUGUAACAAUAACAAUGCAUUUAUCAAUGGUAUUAUUUUAUUUAUGUUUGUGUGUAUUUCAUUUCGCUAAAAUUAUUUUUUUUUGUUUUCAUAAUCACUUUGUCUUCCAGAUUAUGUUGUUUGAAUAGAUUUUGUUUUGUUUGUCUGUUUAUAAGAUAUCCAUCCCUCUUAUAUAUUGUAGAUACAAGUGGUUUUUAGUUUCUGUCUAUCCAUUUUCACUACCUGAUGACAGUACUAUUUCAAAUGAAUUCUUCUAUCUAUACCUUUUAAACAUUUCUUUGAAAGUUUUGUUGAAACCCACUGUCUUAUAUUCUGUUAAUUUUCCUGUUUAAUGCCUGUUUUCUGUCAAUCCGAAUCAGAAUACUUCUGUUUAUUUUUUAAAAAGAAAUCUAACUUAAGAUGUUUAUGUCACAUCGUCAGGUAGUUUAUAUAUCCGUCCAAACGUUUCCGGUUUUUGUGUUGUGUCUAUUUAACUAUCUGCAUGUUCAGUUUAAUUUUUUUUUGUUAAUUAUCUGAUUAAUCGCGAUUAUUUAUAGUUUUACACAUAUUUUAUUUUGCUUUUAAGGGAAAACGUUUUUCCUAUGAAUGUUUUUUCUUCCAAAUAUAUAUAUAUAUAUAUAUAUAUAU